AUGUCGCCAGCUAUGGAGCAAUUGCAAAUCCAAGAGGGUCGAGGAUCGCCUUUGCAGCAGACGGAUCGAGCUAAGGGCACGACACAGCACCAAGACGGACAUGAUAUGCGCCAGCCCCAAGUCCCAAUCCACCACCAGGGUGGUGAGGGCGGCAUAGUGGGGCCCGCACCAAAAGGGCUCCCCCCUCUUUCCCAGCUGCCCCCUCCCUCAUUCAUUGCUCAAGUCAGCCAUGGGUCGAGGUCGUCGUCACAGUGCGUGUGGAUGGAUGGAUGGAUGGAUGGAUGGAUGGAUGGAUGGAUGGAUGGAUGGACAUGGACUGGGCAUACAUGUACAUGUGUAAGUAAGGCUGUGGUUGGGUAUGGACAGGCAUGGUACAAGGAGGCAAGGACAAAGAGCGACAGGCAGAAGGAGAGGCAGAGGGCAGACGUCCAAUGUCACGUUUUGGCGCUAGGCCGGAUGCGGACGGGCAGCGGAUGCCGCAAUGGCUGCUCCGGCUGCCCCCUGAGUGGUCGAGUGCCGUGCGCCACGCAUCACGGACACGGCAUUGUCAUUUGCAGCAUGCAGUCACUGUGCAGCCAGCCAGCGUCUGACGGGCUCGACAAGCACCCUGUGCUGAGGGUGCCCAUCUUGCAUGACCCCAGCGACCGAGCGAGCGGCCGGCCGGUCCAGCCUGGAAGCCUGCUGGUGCUGUGCUGGUGCGGUGCUGGUGGUGCUGCUACUGGAGCCGGUGCUGGUGGUCCUACUGGUGCUGCUGCUGCUGCUGCUGCUGCUGCUGCUGCUGCUACGGCACAAGAGGCGGGCGCAUGGCGUCGCCACAUGAAGCGCGUCAAUGUCGUUGGUGAGAUACAGGUCGGAACACUCCAAUUCCGCGGCUACGGCACAGUCAGCCCCACGUGUCGUCGACAGGGUCAGCCCUUCCUGCCCUCCCACUCCCUCUCUCCAAGCGCUUGGACCUGCACCGCCCACAACCUCACCCACAACCUUCCCUACACCGGUCCACAAACAAGCAACUUGACCACCGAGAAAAAACAACUUGGUCCGACCUUUGGGGACGCCUGCAGGACCCCUUCGCUCCGCCUGCACACCAGCUGCUGCCCGUCACAUGUCUGCUGCCCAGGACACCAAACGUCAUAUUCCAUCUGCCGUGCCAUGGCCACUAUCGACCCUUCUCCACUUUGUCUCACUCACCCAAGUCGCCGUCCGCGGACCGUCUCUGCGAACACACUAACUGGCCAGAGCCCCGACCAAAAGUCCACAUGGCGGCUCUCCUUGGCCAGGCCCUUUUUUCCUACUACUGCUACUGCUGCUGCUUGCAACCCAGAGCGCACACUCCUGGAACCUCGCCAUAAAAUCCUUUGCUAUUGACAACGGGAUC